GGACCUUUUUUAGUGACCAAUAUGGCGGCUUCCAGCGGAAAGUCGGUGUUAUUCGUGUGCUUGGGGAAUAUCUGCAGAUCUCCAAUCGCGGAGGCUGUCUUCAGAAAGAUGGCCACAGACAGCGGAGUGGUGGAUAAGUGGAGAAUAGACAGUGCCGCCACGUCCACCUAUGAGAUCGGAAACCCCCCGGAUCACCGUGGCCAGGCCUGCAUGAAGAAGCAUGGCGUUUCCAUGAGGCACGUGGCGCGGCAGGUCACCAAGGAUGACUUCAUGAGUUUUGAUUACAUCCUCUGCAUGGACGAAAGCAAUUUAAGAGAUCUGAACAAGAAGGCAAGCAGCGUGAAAAACAGCAAAGCCAAGAUUGAGCUGCUCGGCUCCUACGAUCCUGAAAAACAGCUUAUUAUCCAAGACCCGUACUAUGGCAGUGAUAAAGACUUUGAGACGGUGUAUGAACAGUGUGCGAGAUGCUGCAAAGCCUUCCUGGAGCAACAUUCGUAACGCAUACACACACACACACCCAAACACACACACACACACACACACACACACACACACACACACACACACACACACACACACACACACACACAACUGCAUCUGAAGUCUGCGAGACCUCUAUUAAUUACUCAAAUAUAUACACUGAAAUGCUAUCCUUACAUUUUUUUGUCUUGUUUCUAGUCCAAAUAUCUAGAAAUUCUUAAAUCUAGAAGCAUUUUCUAGACAAGCAAAACGUAAUGUUCUGUUUUUAGAAAUAUUAAGGCAAAAUUGAGUUAUUUUUUUCUGCAAACAAGCUAAAUAUUCUGUAAUUAAGGUAAAAUAAUAUUGAUUUUCCUUUUGACGUGAGAUUAUUUCGCUUACCCCUUUGGCUGAUUAUUUAGCUUGUUUUAGGGAGAAACUCACUCAUUCUUGGCAUAUUAUUUCUUAAAACAAGACAAUAUGUUCUGUUGUCUAGAAAAUGCUUCUUGAUUUAAGAGUUUUUACAUUUCUGGGCUAGAAACAAGACAAAAACUGAAUAAGAAAAGCUUUUUCUGCAGUGUACAACCAACCGAAACACAAAUCAAGUGUCUUCUUAAGCAAAACACACACAAACUAAUUGACAGCAGCAUAUAGAGAAGCACUUUGUCUUAAUUGUGAAUUAAGUUGUAAUGAAAUGUCGUAGGAUGCUUGUUUGAGCAGCUGUAAACUGCUUUUGUUGACCAUGCCCUCUGAAGAGAGGAAGUUCACCAAAAUAAACCAGAUAAAAGUGCUGGAA